AUGGCAGAAUAGAAAGAGAGAAAACUCAGAAUCAUCCUUGCUGGCAAAAGUGGAGCUGGGAAAAGUGCAACUGGAAACUCCAUCCUUGGGGAAAGAAAAUUUGAGUCCAAACUUGGGGCAAAGUCAGUAACUUUGACUUGUGAAAAGGGACAAAGGAGCUGGAAUGGGAGGGAGCUUGUGGUUAUUGACACACCUGCCAUUUUUGAUGGAAAGGUUUGUGAUACAAUAACCUCAAGAGAGAUUGUUCGCUGUAUCGCUCUCUCUGCCCCAGGCCCCCAUGCUCUGGUGCUGGUGACCCAGCUGGGCCGUUUUACUGAGGAAGACAAGGACGCAGUGAAGCGAAUACAGAAGAUGUUUGGAGUUGAAGCCAUGAGGCACAUGAUUGUCCUGUUCACCCGGAAAGAAGAUUUAGCGGUCGGCUCACUGCAUGACUACGUAAGAUACUCAGAAAAUAAAGAUCUUAAGGGGCUGAUUCAGAAUUGUGGGAACCGAUAUUGUGCUUUUAAUAACAAAGCAACUGGAGCAGAACAGGCUGAGCAGGUUUCUGAGCUGAUUGAAAUGAUCCAGAGAAUGGUUCAGGACAAUGGGGGCAGAUAUUAUGUCAGUGAGAUGUAUUUGUAACCUAAUUUAACUGAACAAAAAGUAAGAUAUCUUAUUGGAAUA